AUGACAGCCAAGGGCGGCAGUGGCAGCGGCAGCGGCAGCGGGCGGCUGGGGGCGGCGGGGUUGACCACGAUGGCGACAUCGCUGGAUGACUUGAUGGCGGGGGCUUCGACUGCUGACUAUGCCAUUAAUCGGGGCAAUCGGUUUCCGAUUCCUGCCGAACACUUUGGGCGCCUGCUGCGCAAUGUGGUCGGAGAGCUGCCGGAUGGCCGCCAGGUGGUAGAGGCAGCUUUGGCGCAGGCGGCCACGGAGGUCUUGCAGCCAGGGACCGAGACUGGCUCAGCAUCCAGCGGCGACUUGCCUCGCGCCUCGCGCCUGACCGUACCCAGCUUUCGUCUCGGCCAGGACGUGCCCACGUUUGUCCGGCGCCUGCAAGCCUACCUUUCAGGGCGCAUGUACAACGCCACCAACAUGCAGUGCUUUGAGAUUGACAAGGGGAAACCCAUCUGCCGCCUGCUCGAGACAGCCAAGCUAAUCCUGGAGCACCCACUCCCCAUCAAGUGUCUCGAGGCCGUCGUCGUCGCCGUGCACCUCUCCAAUCCCGUCGCAAAAUUGGCCCGCUUCACCAUCUCCUUCAAAACUAGCCGCCGCGCAACCCUCAUGGACCGACCCCUGACCUUUGACUCCCUCACCGACCUCAUCAAGACAUAUGUGAGCGCCUACGCCGAUGUUGGACAUUGGGUGCAGCAUGUGCGCCUCUCGCAAUUCCUUUCCCAUGACCCACACUCAAACAACGUCAUUCAGUGGCGCCAGCUGCAACUCAACCUUCACGGGUUGUCUUGGGACCAGAUUGGUGGUGAGCUCGACAUGUACGUGCGCCAGAUGCGCAAAGGCUUCUCACCCGCAGAAACGCGGAUCGUCCGCAGUUCGCGACCACGCCGGUCUCGACCGCCCAAGUCUGCCACUAGCAGCCAAAAGACCAAAAGCACCGCCAAGGAGCCACGCAGCAACACCUUUGCCAUCCGUGUAUAG